CUGCAGUAUCAGCCCAGAUUGGCACAGCGCUUUGUCAGGUUUGGUUACAGAAAGCGAGACCGGCAAGGCUCACGCAAGGCCAGCGUUCAGUUGAGCAAAAGUCUCGGCAGAGAUGGCUAUGAUUUGAUAUUCAAACCAGUCAAGGGAAAUAGGAGACUGAAAUACUGGCAUGCUGAGAGUAAAGGAAUCUAGUGGGGUUUUAAACUUGGGAAAUGCCUGUUCUUUUUGUGUUCAUUGUGAUCUUGUGUUCUGUACCUUAAUAAAUCAGGGAAAAAGGCCCUUGGGCUGUUCCUUCCGCCUUCUGUGCAAACUGUUGUAUUUACUGUGUACUAGCUAGGUACUUCUUAGAAGCAUUUUGGGGAAUACGAUAGGAAAGCUCUGCCACAACUAAAUGAUUUAUUUCCUUCUGGAAGGGAAUGGAGAAAAGCUUUUAAAGAAGUGAUAGAAGGCCGUAGCUUGGGUUCUUAGUCUUGCGCACUAGUAGGUCAGAAGGGCAGAAAUACUGCUGAGUUUCUGGACAGAUAGAGAAUGUGUGUUUUCUUCCUAACGUGCAGUUAGGUUACUCUCAUUCUUCUCGCUGAUGAGAAUCUUUUUUGACAGCUAAUGAGACUAUUUUGUUUCUCUUGCAGGUUUUCAUUUCGGUGCAGGUCUCCUCUUGGUGGCAAGCGCUGCCUUUUGAAGCCGCACGUUCAUUCUUCCCCUUCAAGCACCGUAAGUCUCGUUCGCCAGCCUCAGAACCAUGGCAACAGAAGAAAAGAAGCCAGAUGCAGAAUCCACCAAAACACAAGCUGCUGACAAACUCAUUAAAAUUUGGGGCGCAUACGACGGCAAGUUUGAAAAAACAAUAUCUGGUCAUAAACUGUUUGACGAAAGCGUGAGGAUAUGGGAUGUGAAAACAGGGAAGUGCCUCAAGACGUUGCCUGCUCAUUCUGACCCAGUUUCAGCCGCGAUGCCGCUCUUAACUGCCCUCAUCCUGGCUCUGUUGGCUGGCCAGCAUGGCCAGAACAGCGAUGAGCACACUGAUGCCGACAUGGAUAAGCGGAUGAAGCAGUAUGAAGAGGAACUGCAGAAGAUGAUUCAGCUGCUGGACGAGAGUGAACGGAUCAGGGCUGCAUUGGAAGCCUCGCUCCUUUCUGUGCAUAAGCUUUGGGGUGAUGCAGGAGUCCUGGUCCUGCUCACUCUCGUGGGAUGGAUAGUCAGAAAAAUGAAGCGUAACUUUGAUAGCUGCAGCAAGCAGCACGGCUCCAUCACCAAGAAGGACGACCACAAGGAGGAGGAGGACCUCAACAGUGCAGAAGGAGAUGUCAGGUCUUUGGCUGCGUCCACCCUUUUGACAAGGCAGGGCCUGCUGAGCACACACAACAUGAUGAAAGAACUGGUGGAUGACCUCCUUGGUGUCUGCAGAGUGAUCUGCAAGAGCACUUCCAUGCCGCAGAUGUGCCUAGCCACCGAGAUGGAUGGUGUUAUGUAAAGAUGGCAAUAAAUCAGUAAUCACCUGUCCUGUGAAGGUCAGCGCAACACUUUGUUGGGGAAUGUGGGCAGGUAGCAGGUUGCUGCCUGCUCAGAUGCAGAAGGAGGGCAACAGUGCUGGCUCAGGGUUAACUUGAUGUCCACCUGUACUUUCCAUCCUUCCUUUUGAAGACUAGAGUGAUAUUAGCUCUUCUCCAGUCCUCAGGCACCUCUCCUGUUCUCCAUCCUUCAAAGAUGAUGGAGAGCAGCUUAACAAUAACAUCUGCCAGCUCCCUCAGCACUCAUGGGUGCAUCUCAUCAGGGCCCAGGGAUUGGUAAGCGGUGAUGCUGCUCUGGUGAGGUCACAAUGGGGGCUGCCCCCAAGUACACCACCACCACGAAGCCCCACUGCCAUUUGAUUUGGGUGAGUGAAGGUAAGAGGAAGGCUGGGAUGGAUGAGGAUGGGGCAGGUGCCCAAAGGGUUUCUAAUCCAGAGGAAGAGUCUCCGGGCAGGGUACGGUGCCAUCCUCAGGGCUGAGGGCAGAGAUGUUCGGGCUCCUAGGGGUGGCAGGUGCCCAGAGAGGCUGCGGGGAUAUGGUGGGUGCUAGUGGCUCCAUGGGAUGCUGUUGUGUGGCAGGGAUGAGGCCUCAGGAGACUACUUGAGUGUCCCUCGCCCUUUCACAGGGCGAAGCCCAGCCAGGGGCUGGCCAUCAGGGCAGGAUGGGCCCCAUGCUGCCUUCAGCCAGGGCCUGCGGCCCCUUCAAGCCUGCGGACACCAGUCCUUGUACACUGUGCUGGGACAGCCCAUGGCUCCCAUCCCUGCAGUGCUCACAAACCCUGAUCAACCCCAAUUCUGCCCACCUCCUCCAGGCGAUGCCGCUCUUAACUGCCCUCAUCCUGGCUCUGUUGGCUGGCCAGCAUGGCCAGAACAGCGAUGAGCACACUGAUGCCGACACGGAUAAGCGGAUAAAGCAAUAUGAAGAGGAACUGCAGAAGAUGAUUCAGCUGCUGGACGAGAGUGAACGGAUCAGGGCUGCAUUGGAAGCCUCGCUCCUUUCUGUGCAUAAGCUUUGGGUUGCUGCAGGAGUCCUGGUCCUGCUCACUCUCGUGGGACGGAUAGUCAGAAAAAUGAAGCGUAACUUUGAUAGCUGCAGCAAGCAGCACGGCUCCAUCACCAAGAAGGACGACCACAAGGAGGAGGAGGACCUCAACAGUGCAGAAGGAGAUGUCAGGUCUUUGGCUGCGUCCACCCUUUUGACAAGGCAGGGCCUGCUGAGCACACACAACAUGAUGAAAGAACUGGUGGAUGACCUCCUUGGUGUCUGCAGAGUGAUCUGCAAGAGCACUUCCAUGCCGCAGAUGUGCCUAGCCACCGAGAUGGAUGGCACCCAUGAAACCUGGUGUGUCCAGAACACCAUCACGUACCGGCUGCUCGUGAUCCUGCUGCCACCCCCUGGGCACGGUUUCAACCUGGAGAGAGACACCGCAGGGCAGCUACCAGAAAGGAAGUCCAACAUUCAUGUGCAACUGGAGUGUACGUGCUUGAGGGAACAGUUGCUGGGGGGUGGUUUGUGCUUCCUCCACCGCCCCAAUGACGAGACGGAGAAGGAUCAGUGCUCAUAUCUCCUACGCACCCUCUGCACAGAUUCUUAUUUGGAUGUGGCGAAAACUGCCUGCUGGUUCCAAACGUUGCUGAGAACAGCCUGGUUGUUUCUGCCUCAGUCACACCACUGCCAAUUAACAGUGCUGCCCUCCUCCCGCUCCUGCAUAUUCCAGCUGACGAGCACCUCCGCGAUCAAUACCUGCACUGAGAUGAUUCUUGCAGUGCAGGAAGGCAGCUCAGACACCUACGCAAACCUUUGGUAGGCAGAGGCCAGCUUUACCAGCAGCACAGCAUGUCUGGAGAGCUGCAGUCUUGUCAAGAUGCCACGUUUUGGAUCCAGCAGAAUCACAGUCCUGGUUGUCACAGGCUUUUCCACUCAUAUCUGAUCCUGAGGAACUGCCUUCCUUUCAUACUGGUGGGGCUCAGGGAACAAUUUUGACCACUGGGAAAGCAAAUCUGCUCAUCUCGUGGACUGCCUGUGGAGUCCAGCCAGGAGAUCCACUGCCUGCAUCAGUGCUGAGACACUGAUCUCAGCAAACAAAGCAUGAAGAUGAGACUGGUCAAGAGAUCAGCAUAAACAGAGCUCGCAGUACCUCCACCGGUGCGGUUGCUUGAAAGAGUUGAUUCCCUUUUGGACUUGUGUUAUGUAAAGAUGGCAAUAAAUCAGUAAUCCCCUGUCCUGUGAAGGUCAGCGCAACACUUUGUUGGGGAAUGUGGGCAGGUAGCAGGUUGCUGCCUACUCAGAUGCAGAAGGAGGGCAACAGUGUACUAACAGAAUGGUAGGAAGAUGGUAAAAGAGUGCUUAAGGAAGCCAGCGUUCAAAGCAAUGACGCAGAAUCCCUGUCACAAUCAGUAGCGCAUAGCAGACAGGGAGAAGAACCUCCCUCAUGCUGCUGGCCACACUUUUCUUAAUGCACCUCAGGAUCCCCUUGGGCUUCUUGGCCACCGGGGCACACUGCUGGCUCAGGGUUAACUUGGAUGUCCACCUGUACUUUCCAUCCUUCCUUUUGAAGACUAGAGUGAUAUUAGCUCUUCUCCAGUCCUCAGGCACCUCUCCUGUUCUCCAUCCUUCAAAGAUGAUGGAGAGCAGCUUAACAAUAACAUCUGCCAGCUCCCUCAGCACUCAUGGGUGCAUCCCAUCAGGGCCCGGGGAUUGUUAAGCGGUGAUGCUGCUCUGGUGACGUCACAAUGGGGGCUGCCCCCAAGUACACUGCCACCACGAAGCCCCACUGCCAUUUGAUUUGGGUGAGUGAAGGUAAGAGGAAGGCUGGGAUGGAUGAGGAUGGGGCAGGUGCCCAAGGGGUUUCUAAUCCAGAGGGAGAGUCUCCGGGCAGGGUACGGUGCCAACCUCAGGGCUCAGGGCAGAGCUGUUCGGGGCUCCCAGGGGUGGUAGGUGCCCAGAGAGGCUGCGGGGAUAUGGUGGGUGCUAGUGGCUCCACGGGAUGCUGUUGUGUGGCAGGGAUGGGGCCUCAGGAGACUACUUGAGCGUCCCUCGCCCUUUCACAGGGCGAAGCCCAGCCAGGGGCUGGCCAUCAGGGCAGGAUGGGCCCCAUGCUGUCUUCAGCCAGGGCCUGCGGCCCCUUCAAGCCUGCGGACACCAGUCCUUGUACACUGUGCUGGGACAGCCCAUGGCUCCCAUCCCUGCAGUGCUCACAAACCCUGAUCAACCCCAAUUCUGCCCACCUCCUCCAGGCGAUGCCGCUCUUAACUGCCCUCAUCCUGGCUCUGUUGGCUGGCCAGCAUGGCCAGAACCGCGAUGAGCACACUGAUGCCGACAUGGAUAAGCGGAUGAAGCAGUAUGAAGAGGAACUGCAGAAGAUGAUUCAGCUGCUGGAGGAGAGUGAACGGAUCAGGGCUGCAGAGGAAGCCUCGUUCCUUUCUGUGCAUAAGCUUUGGGUUGCUGCAGGAGUCCUGGUCCUGCUCACUCUCGUGGGAUGGAUAAUCAGAAAAAUGAAGCGUAACUUUGAUAGCUGCAGCAAGCAGCACGGCUCCAUCACCAAGAAGGAUGACCACAAGGAACAGAGUUGAACAGCUCUGGUUUUCCUGUAUUUGAAUGGAUGUUGCUGUUUUCCUAACUCCUUUUACCUACUAAACGAAUGAGAUUUG